UAUCCAGAGAUCAAGUCCCUGAUGGGUCCGGACCCCCAGCUGAAGUGGGUGGUAUCAGGCAUGGUCCUAACCCAGCUCCUGGCCUGCUACCUGGUCCACACCCUCUCCUGGAAGUGGAUCUUCUUCUGGGCUUACGCCUUUGGAGGCUGCAUCAACCACUCCCUGACUCUAGCCAUCCACGACAUCUCUCACAACGUGGCCUUUGGCAACAAGCUGGCCAAGUGGAACCGCUGGUUCGCCAUGUGGGCCAACCUGCCCAUCGGCCUGCCCUACUCCGCCUCCUUCAAGAAGUAUCACAUCGACCACCAUCGCUAUCUGGGAGUCGACCAGCUGGAUGUAGACAUCCCCACAGACUUAGAGGGAUGGUUCUUCUGCACCCCAGCCAGGAAGGUCCUGUGGCUCUUCCUCCAGCCGCUUUUUUACGCCCUGCGCCCGUUGCUGGUCAAUCCUAAACCAGUGGGUCAGCUGGAGAUCCAGAAUGCGGCGGUGCAGCUCGUGGCAGAUUUAAUCAUCUAUUAUCUAUGGGGGCUGAAGCCCAUCGUUUACCUCAUUGCAGGAUCCAUCCUGUGUAUGGGACUGCAUCCUAUCUCUGGACAUUUCAUAGCUGAGCAUUACAUGUUCCUGAAGGGGCACGAGACCUAUUCUUACUAUGGACCACUGAACUUGAUCACCUUCAAUGUGGGCUAUCACAUGGAGCACCACGACUUCCCCAGCAUACCUGGCAGUAAAUUACCUCAGGUCAAGAAAAUCGCAGCAGAGUAUUACAACUCCCUGCCUCAACACACUUCCUGGACCCGGGUAUUAUGGGACUUUGUGUUCGAUGACAGCAUCGGCCCCUAUGCCAGAAUCAAGCGGGAGUACAAGCUGAGCAAGCAGGAGUAGAUCUGUGACUGAUGACAAACAGGAAUGUGAAUUUCAAUUGUUUAAAAAGAAGGACCACAAUGAAAUGUCAUAUUCUCUAGUUUAAAGGUUUUUCCACUUAGCGUGGUUGUGACUGUAUGUAUUCAUGUGAUUUGUUGGGCAUUCACAUCUUAAAUUAGCCCUGUAUGUCACGAUAUGGAAAAUAAUGUGCACAUGUCACUUGCAUAUAUAGUUAAUGGAAAUCAGCAUGCACAUCCAGUGCUCCGUUAUUUAUUCAGACUUUUUAUUCCUGCAAUAAAGAGCUGGACUGUUUUCUCGUGCCCUGACAUCACUGAGAAAGGCAAAAGAAAAUAGAAUAAUUCUGAUAAUUCACUGACAAAAUCAAAUUGUUUCCCAACUUACAACACAAAUGUCUUUCUUUCUUCAAAGUAAAAGUUAUACAAAUACAAUUAAUCAUUAAAAAAUAACCUUUUGUGUGUUUGCAACCAAAGUAUUUCUUUUUACAGUUGGUAAACAAUGUUUUUUUUUCAGUGUAAUAUAAUAUAUGGAAUAUAAACAUUUCUAAUUUCUGUCAAGACAAUGGUCAUGUUUAUUCUCAAGCAGUUUUACAGAGCUGUCAAUUCCUCUCCUGCCUGGCAGCGUUACAUCAGGCCCCUUCAGCAAUCUCUGAAUGUGAGAAUAAAAAGGCUCACUCAGCCUCGCGGAUCUCCAAAUACACUUUAACUUCCAACGCGCAGAGAACGGUGCUAAGGUGGAAAAUGAGCGUUGAAACUUACCUUUCAGUGAGAAGAGCGUUUUCUUCAGUGAUGCCCCAUUCUACUGUGAACGGUUUGAUUCUGUCGACAGGGAAUGGACAUAAUAACAGAAACAACCUACAAUGCAAAAUAAAAUCCAGUUGGAUGAGUUUUAAGUGUUUGUUUUUGGAGACUGUGGACUGAUGAAUGAUCUGUUGUAUUUUUUCAGGCUGUAGUUUGUUAUAGUCAUGAAAUAUAAGAAGAUCUGUGCUGCUAAGGUUGUGCACUAUAUUUUUAGUAAGUUUAUAGAAUACCACAUUAAAUGGUGGCACAGUCUACAAAAAAUCAAAUCAACACGUCCUCAUGACAUUGUUCUCCUCAGUAGAAGUUCCUGCAGAGCUCUGGUAUUGUAUGGUGUUCGUUCUUUUUUUGGUCCAUUGUAUAAACAAUAUUAUCUAUGUGUUGUGAUUGAUAACAAUGAUCUGAUGUUUCUAUUUAAUUGUCUAUAAGAGAUAUAAAACAGUAAAA